AGCCAUACCUUUAUGGAGUUUCGACAUGAACGAGACCAAUGCAUCCCACUGCAAUGCGCCUCGUAGAUGCGAAGGUCUUCGGAAUGCUCUGUAGAGCACAUCGAAUGUGUCGUUUCAUGUUUCUUGGUCUGACGAAACCGCUAUCAAUCACCUACUCCUCUAUGUGCCGGACACUCAGCCCGAAAACUGGCAACGGAGCAAACGUUGCGUUUCUAUCUAGCUGACCCUCGGUCAAAGCUACUAAAGUCGACAACUGCGAACAACUGAGAAAAUAGAGGAACAUUGACAUCUUUCAAAACACCAAGCAUGGACCUGCCCC